GAGGCAAGUUGGGGCUGGCUCUGAUUCUGACCCCAAUUCUGUAUUCCAGCUGUUAGUUGGGGUUUGCUACCCAACAGGCUGCCCAGGAGGACUGGAGAGAGCUCAGGUUUUGGUGUCUGGUUUGCAUCUGGACUCUGCUGUGUGACCUUGAGCGAGGUGCCUACCCCUUUCUGAGUCCCAGUUUCCUUGUUAGAGAGAGUUCACGCCAUUUAUCCCCUGGGCUGCUGUAAGGGGUGGGUGAGGACACAGAACGUGGGCAUAUGGCCAGCCGUGGGUGCCAGGAGCAGCUGUCACUGAGAGGCACAAGCAGGAGGGGCCUGGGGUAGGGCCGGUUCCACACACCCCAAACCAGGCAUGGAAGCUGGCCUCAGGCCGGGGGGCAGAAAGGUGUGACUUUGCACCCACCGUGUCUGCUGGGCACUUCUAAGAGCUGCCAGGAAAGAGUAGCCAUGGUUUCCACCCUGGGGGAGCUUGUCCUCUAAUUAUGGCAAUCUGAAACCUCAGAAAAGAAGCUUCCAGAAAUAGCGGUCUGUGAGCAGCCUCUAUGCGCUCCUGGAGGAGGAGGUGCCCCCAGCUGGGUGGCCCUCCUGCCAGCUCCUCAGCUGAGGAGCCCUGACCUGGUUGUCCGGAUUGGUUACUUCUGAACCAACAGUUUCCUGACUGAAUGGGCCCCAGGUAGAAGGCGCCAAAGGGUCUGGACCUAAGGACAAGAUUAGCCGGCCAGCAAAGUUGCAGCUCCCACCAGCUCCUCACACACAAGCCUGGAGUCCAUGCUGAGAUUAAACUUUAACCCAGCCAGGGCGGUGUGGGGGGGAUUCUUCCUCCACACUGUAAUUCAGUAACAUUACGGCUUUGUGGUUUACCUUUUUCUUUUUAAAAACCUGCCUGAAAUUUCACUGCCGAUGCGGUGAACCCGGAAGGAGGCUCAGUCCUCUGAGGUCCUGACUUGUUGCAUCUCAGACGCCCUGGGGAGGCCCCCGGCACACCGGGUGCGCUGACCCCUGAGGUCCUCUCUACAGUGUUGGGACAUCUGAAGAGUUCCCACAUGAGACAGAGUAAAGGGAAAUUUCCUCAAAGUGUCUCAGGGCAGCUCGAGGGGCAGGUGGUCACUGCCUAGGGCAAGGCCGUGGAAAGAGUCUUAGUGGCUUUGGACUGAUUUCCCAACGGAUCCCAAGCAGCAGGUUGAGGUCAGGACUUGCCGCUCGCUGACCGCCAGGGCCGGCCCUGUGCAUGGCAUUUGAGGAGCUCCUGGAGCGAGCCGGGGGGGUGGGUCUCUUCCAGGCUCUGCAGGUCGCCACCCUCCUCCUCCCGGCCAUCUUCACGCCUUUUCACCUGCUUCUGGAGAACUUCUCAGCCGCUGUCCCGGACCAUCGCUGCUGGACUCACAUUCUGGACAAUGGCUCCGAGAUCCCUGCAAACCUCACCCAUGAGGCCCUCCUGGCUGUAUCCAUCCCACUGGGCCCCGAUCAGCGGCCCCACCCCUGCCGCCGCUUCCGCCAGCCACAGUGGCAGCUCCUGGACCCCAACACAGCCAACUGGAGUGAGGCUGCCACGGAGCCAUGCGAAGAGAGAUGGGUGUACGACCACAGCACCUUCACGGCCACGGUGGUGACCAAGUGGGACCUGGUGUGUGAUUCCCAGGGCCUGAAGCCCAUGGGGCAGUCCAUCUACAUGGCCGGGAUCCUCACGGGGUCCUUCAUCUGGGGCCUCCUGUCCUACCGGCUCGGGCGGAAGCCGAUGCUCAGCUGGUGCUGCCUACAGGUGGCUGUGGCUGGUGCUGGCACCACCUUUGCCCCAAGUUUCCUCAUCUACUGUGGCCUCCGGUUCCUGAGCGCCUUUGGGUUGGCCGGCAUCAACCUGGUAUUGUCAACACUAAUGGCAGAGUGGACCACAACCUGCAGGAGGGCUGUCACCAUGGCGAUCCUGGGAUGCACCUACAGCAUGGGCCAGAUGGUCUUGGCAGGCCUGGCCUUCAUCCUGCGGGACUGGCGGGAUCUCCAGCUGGCCGUGUCCGUGCCCUUCUUGGCCUUCUCCUUGGUAUCUUGGUGGCUGCCAGAAUCUGCCCGAUGGCUGAUUGUCACAGGCCGACCAGAAAGAGCACUUCAGGAACUCAAAAAGGUGGCCAGGAUAAAUGGCCACAAGGAAGCCAGAAAGACACUGACCAUAGAGGUGCUGAUGUCCAGCAUGAAGGAGGAGGCAGUCUCUGCAAGGGUGCACACGUCGGUGCUGGAUCUGAUCCGCAUGCCCGCACUCCGUAGGAGGACCUGCACCUUGCUGGUGGUGAACUUCUCCGUGCAACUGUCCUACUAUGGGCUGGUCCUGGACCUGCAGAGCCUGGGCAGGGACAUCUUCCUCCUGCAGUCCCUCUUCGGGGCCAUGGACUUCCUGGGCCGGGCCACCACUGUCCUCUUAUUCAGAUUCUUCGGCCGCCGCAUGACCCAGGCUGGCUCCCUGUCCCUGGCUGGCUUCUGCAUCCUGGCCAAUGGGCUGAUGCCUCAAGAUCUGCAGAGCUGGCGCGUGGCUCUUGCUGUGCUGGGGAAAGGAUGCUUCGGAAUCAGCCUGACCUGCCUCAGCAUCUACAGGACAGAGCUCUUCCCCACUCCACUGCGGAUGACAGCAGAAGGCUUGCUGCAGUCGGUCGGCCGCCUGGGGGCGAUGAUGGGCCCCCUGAUACGGAUGGCCCGCCAGGCCCUGCCCUUGCUGCCUCCACUGUCCUACGGUAUCAUCCCUGUGGCUUCCAGCCUGGUUCUCCUGCUCUUCCUCCCUGAGACCCAGGAUCUUCCACUUCCGGACACCCUCUGGGACCUGCAGGGCGGGAGGUCGGAUGCAACUAGAGGCCACCAGCGAGAGGCAGUCAUUAUGGAAAGCACCUGGCUCUAGUUCUGCCUGCACGGAGCACCUUUGGUAAAAAAACAAAAAGCAAAAAAACACCUGAGAAAGAAUCUCCAAUCUGCAAACUGAGGGUUCCAAAAAAGUGGGCAGCCCCAGGGCUGCUGGUGGGACAGUGCAGGUGGUAGAACUGCCUCUUCAAAGUGGCUCCAGGCGCUCAUUCCUGUUCUCCCAUGCCUGGUCACGCUCUCCGACUUGCCUCCGCCCUACAGGAGCCUGUGCAGGUGGCCACAACUGACCUGGCUGCCUCGAUCAGUUUCACCACAAAACAGGUCCUCUCCCUGCCAGGGUCACAUCUCACGCCUGCACUCAGCCACUGGGGGUUCCAGUCUCACCUCCCUUGCUUACAGAGCCCGCACUGUAAACUAGGGAGUACUCCUGGAUGGCUCUCUGGGCUCACCAGUCUUGGCACAGGCUGCAGUUCAAUAAAUGAAGCUGAUACCAGAGUGCUCAGGUACAGGUGUCUAGGUUGUGCCUGACCCAAGGCACCCAGCUCGGAGAUGUGAGGCGUCUGUAAUCCAGCCCAGCCUCUUUCGCCCAGCCGCCUGCCAUACAGAGGCUGAGUCCUCUCCGAGGAGCUCUUUUAAUCACCUAUUGAGGGUGACCCUCAAUGAGGGAGGCCUUCCUGCCCUGGGCUCCAAGGAUGGCCACACAUGCAGCCCAGCACUGGAUAGGUGACACUGACAGUGGUUUGUCACAUAUAUUCAUAGCUCAGGGAGGACAACACUCUGCAGCGCCACACGGGGGCUGCCCUCAGAGCAGAGAGCCACCAGGAGGUGGAUGACCCCUGGCUCUUGUGGGAGGGUAUCUGGGCAGGGAGUGGAGCCCCACUUUGAUAAGGAUAACACAAACUGCCUUUCACUCCCUCCUUACUGAAGGGACCUCUCUCACAUCCAAAGUCUACCAGAUUAAGUUUCCUCCACAUAGCUCUGAAAUACGUCUAUUCUCCUUUGCUAUGGUUUCCACCUUUGUCCAUGCUAUCAUCAGGUAUGGUGCCCAGAUUCAUUCCUGACACCCACACUGUCCUCUACACAAUUAGAAAUGUAAUUCAAGCCAAAUCCCCUCUCUGCGUAAAACCUUCCAGGACUCAUAAUAAAGAUCACUCUUCUCCCCCAUGAGGGGCUGAGUCCAGUUGUGGGUCCCCAGGUUUCUUUGACAUAUAAUAAAUUCUGAAGGAUUCAAAUCAUAUGAAGAAUGUGCUUGAGCAAUCAUGGAAUUGAAUUAGAAAUCAGUAACAAAAAGAUAUCCAGUAAACCUCUUCCAACUAGACAAUGAAGUUCUAAAUAACUCAUCAGUCAGAAAAGAAAUCACAGAGGAAAUAUGUUGAACUGAGUUAAAAUGAAAGAAUGACAUUAAAAUCUGAGAUGAGGCUAGAGCAGUGAUUAGAAGAAAAUUUAUAUCAUUAAAUGCCUAUGUUAGAAAAAGAAAAACUCUCAAAUCAAAUGCCUCGGCUUCUCCUUUAACAAACAAGAAAAAGAAAA